CUAAUCUUUACACAGACAGGUGCCUAUGAGCUGUCUAAUUCGUAAACCUCUCUAAAUAAAACUCUAGCUUCAGACACGCAGAAAUGUUAUUUUUAUAUAUCUAUAUAUUCUCGUUCUCCACUGCUCAUUAGGACAGCCAGUUUGCGAGAACUCUGAGAAAAGAACAGCAAAAGCCACUGCAAUAGAAGCGCGCGAGCGCUGAGAGUAUCUCAGAUCCAUGGAGAUGGAGGCUGCCACGCCGGUGCCGAGGAGUGACGGCAGGAAGCUGGCGAGGUGCCCGAGGCUGCAGAUGGACGCCAAGACGGUCACUGCCAUCGAGCAGUCCACGGGCGCGGCCAUCGCCGACGCCGCUGCGGCUGGCGCCGAGGGCGCCGGCGGCGGGAUGCGCGUCAAGAUCGUGCUGAGCAAGCAGCAGCUGAAGCAGGUGGCCGCGGCCGUCGCCGGAGGGGGCGCCUUCGCGCUGCCGCCGGCGCUGGAGCAGCUCGUGAGCGUGCUCAAGCGGCAGCACGCGAAGAAGCAGGUGGCAGCGGCUGCUGAUGUGGUCGUCGGAAGGCGCCGCUGCCGGUGGUCGCCGGCGUUGCAGAGCAUCCCGGAGGAGUGCUUUAGCUAGGUACCCACGUCUACGAAUGUGUAGUCGAUUCGCAACAUGUAUAGCUUCGGUGAUCAGUCCCUCCUUUUUUUGGCGAUAUUCCCUUCCUUCCUACUAGGCUGCAACCGAUCGAUCUAGUUGGGCCAAAGUUAGUGCCCAAUGGUUGCAUCCCAACUUUGAAAUGUCAUGUAUUUUAAUCUGGCAUUUGGACCCAAAUUUUCCUCCGUUUUCCUGGUUCGAUGCAUGUACAUAUCUCUGCACACGAAUAGUAUUCAAUAAGAUGAUGAGCUGGGAAAAGGAACAACAAA